AUGCUCCGCUGUGCUUGUGUGCCCUCGAGAGUCUUCCACAGGCUCUUUUCCAUCUCGUCUAGUGUUCCUGUGUGCCACGUCGCCAUUGUGGGUGCUGGGCCUGCUGGUUUCUAUGCUGCUUUGCGACUCGCCAAAAAGCAGAGCUCGCUUUCCUUCAAGAUCAAAAUCACCAUCUUCGAAAAGUUGCCUGUUCCCUUUGGUCUAGCCAGAUAUGGUGUUGCUCCUGAUCAUCCUGAGGUCAAAAACUGCCAGGAUACCUUCACUGCCCUAAUGGACGAGUCCCCAGCUUCCCCAGAAGAUUCUAUCAAGUUUUUUGGCAACGUCAACAUCGGCAACGACAUAUCCAUUUCCAAUCUAAUCAACAGCUACAACGCCAUCUUCUUUGCCUAUGGCUCAGCUGCUGAAAGGAACCUCGAUAUCCCUGGUGCUGACCAUCCUGCUGUCAUUUCUUCAAAGAAAUUCGUCGAAUGGUACAACUCGUACCCCUCUUCUUCCACCUCGAACCAAGAAAACUCUCCCUUUUCUUCCUUCUCUCUAAAGGAUGUCCAAAAUGUCACAAUAGUAGGCAAUGGAAAUGUAGCACUAGACAUUGCAAGAGUCCUAUUACUUCCACCUUCCUAUUGGGAAAAGACUGAUAUCUCUCCUAAGGCCCUCAGCAUUCUCAAGGAGAGCUCCGUAAAAAGAGUGAACAUAAUCGCAAGAAGAGGCCUCAUUGAGAGCAAGUUCUCAAACAAAGAACUAAGAGAACUACUACAGCUCUCCUACAAUAAAAAAAACUUGACCUCCAACAUCAAAUUCCUUCCUCUUAACAACAACUACAUCAAGUCCCUAACACCCUUUGUCUCCCAAAUGUCAAGAGCCAUCCAGCGUCGUUUCCAAUUGAUAGAAAACUUCAAUGUUUUUCCCUUUCCUGAAAACGUCCACUUUCAGAGAGAAUGGAACCUAGACUUUCUAAAAUCCCCCAUUAAAAUAAACAAAAACCCUCAAAACGAAAACCUACUAGAAUCAACCGAUUUCGCUGUCAAUAAACUACUCGAAGCUUCUCCAAUCUUUAAGAAAACAAAAUUAUUCCAAACUGACGAAAUCGUCAAUGUCAAAAACGAUCUCCUAAUAUCGAGUAUAGGCUACAAAGGCAUCCCUCUUCCUUCUUGCAAACAAAACGACUUGUCCUUUAACAACGAGUUUUUUCUGAAUAUUGAUGGCAGAAUCAAACAAUCUGAUGGCACUGUCAAACCAGGCUUGUACUGUCUAGGCUGGAUCAAAAACAACUCAAAUGGCGCAAUCGCCUCAACAAUGAUCGACUCCUUCAACGUAGCUGAUUCGAUGAUCUCGGAUUAUUUCAUCAACUCGAAAACCUUGCCUAUCAUCAAACUAGGUGACGAGGGCAUCAAACACUCUUUAAAGAAUAUCAACUAUACAACUUGGGAUAACUGGAAAAAAAUUGAUCGCAUUGAAAAACAAAAAGGUAAGCAAAUUGGUGUUGAAAGAGUUAAAUUUGACAACGUUCACCAAAUGCUAAAAUCAAUUAAUAAACUAUAA